AUGAAUCUAAACAAUGGUAAUCGAAUUUCGACAGCUGAUUCUGAUCUUCCAAGCGUAUCAAGUAAUACCGUCGAAUGGGUAGAAAUAGUCGAACCGCAAACAAAGCAGCAUAUGUACGCCAAUUUGAUCACCGGGCAGUGCUCAUGGGAACCACCUCCUGGUGCUUCAGUCAAACGUACACACGAAAAUCAGUGGUGGGAGCUGUUUGACUCGAAGACGGGCCGUUACUAUUACUACAAUGCCUCUUCAAUGAAAACUAUAUGGCAGCGGCCGAUAGGUGCUGAGAUUGACAUUAUUCCUCUUGCCAAACUGCAGACUUUGAAGGAAAACACUGAAAGCGCUGAGCAUGCAAGAGUGAAGCGCACUUGCGAAACGCAAACAUCACCAGCAAUUAGACGAGUUGGAGGAGGAUCUCGAAGAGUCAUUGCGCAAAAUAUUGGUCCAGAGACAGGAAUUGUCAUGGCUAGAACAGCAAGUCGCUCGUCUAACGGCACUACAAACGGCAUGCAGCAGUCAUUUGAUUGGAUGUCCUUGGACGAUCAAAGCGAUAGCUUAUCCGUAGGAGAACGAUGUGAAUAUCGUGACUAUAGUAACAGGGAAUACGGUAGGUCACCGCGACAGUUUCCGCCAUUUCCCACUAUGGGUACCACCUCAACGAUGUCUACAGCUCCCUCAUCGGACUCUAUUCCUGCUCGGUCUUCUCGCUCAUCCAGUCCGCCGACACAAAAGCGCCAGCUGUUUUCUACAAACACUGGUCCGAAGAAGUCAACAAACACUGGAGGGUGGGCCAAAGAUGCGCCAAAACAACCGCUUUCUGCUCCCGACAACAAACAACUGAAGAAAGAGUCGCCAACGAUUUUCAAGCUCAUCCAAGGGUACAUGGGUGACAGAAAGAGUAAAACUCCCAUAGAUCAGCAAGCCUUGACGCUUUGUGAACUCGCUCUUUCGAAGCAGGAGUGCGCAGAUGAGGCAGUUGCACAGCUCAUGCAGCAACUCACAGAUAAUGAGCGGCCAGAUAGUGUUCGACGAGGUUGGGAACUGCUUGCUAUAUUUCUGAAUUUCGUGUCACCAUCCGAAAAGCAUGCGGCGUUGUUGACAGAGUUCAUCGACAGAAAUUCUGAGAAGCUAUUCGAUCGACCAGAGGUUGCGGUAUCGCACUUUGCCCAACAAUGUGCAAAACGAAUGUCAAAAUCACAAGCUCGAACGAAACCUACUCUGGCGGCAGUACAGGAAGCAAGGGUCCAUAUUUUCAACCCUCCCCAGUUUUCCGCUUCACUUUGUGAACUCAUGGAAAUGCAAGCUGAGCGGUUCCCACAACUUCAGCUACCGUGGAUUGAAACGACGCUAAUUGACCUGCUUUAUGAAUCCGGUGCAAGGAGAACUGAAGGAUUGUUCAGGGUGCCAGCUGAUCCUGAUCAGCUCAUGACUACCAGGGCACGGCUAGACAUGUUCGUCGUUCCCGUAGUGCAUGAUCCGCACGUCCCAGCAGGUCUGCUGAAGUUGUGGUUACGGCAACUACCUGAACCACUCAUACCCCAUGCCUUCUAUCAAAGAGCGCUAGCAGCAUCUGAGAAUCCCACUGAAGUCACGCGAAUGAUUCAAGUGCUUCCUAGCACUAAUCAGCUUGUAUUAGCGAAGCUUGUCGCAUGUUUACAGGAUCUUGCGCGUGAAGAAGUUGUGGCUCACACUAAGAUGGAUGUUUCAAACCUUGCAAUGGUUAUAGCGCCUAAUGUUUUGAGAUGUGAGAGUGAAGAUCCACGCGUAAUCUUUGAGAAUACUCGACGGGAAAUGACUUUUUUGAAAACGUUGAUUACUUGUUAUGAUACCUCUUUUGUCGAGGGGAUAGUCUAG